CUCCCGCUAUCUAGGUAUCGAAGUUGCUUUCCUAGAGUUCUGGAUCGAUAGAGCAUUGUCUAAGAGAAUAGUUCGCUCUUCCUGCGUCCAGGCAUAAAUUAGUAAGUAGUAUCCUACAAGCUUGGUAAACCCGAUUGUCUUACUGAACUGAGCUUCAACAAUAGAGGACAGCGCCCUCUUAUCCGGAUCGAGCAUUCCUGGCCAAGAAAACCCUGAUCAAGGAAUUGCUUAUAUAGACUGCACAAGAAUCAUAGCACUCUUCUCUCGCUUUCUGCUCUCCCCUGACAUAGGUGCCUAGUGGUAGACUAGAGGGGGACUUAUAAAAAGGUCAGAAAGGCCAGUUGCGCUAAGAAAAAGGAGCCUUCGGUGACAGCAGCUAAAUACAAUAAGGGGGCAAAGAAGUAGCCUUUCAUCCCCUUUGUGCAAGGCUUUCUGGAGACGUAUCAGCCUAUAUUCCUACUAAUGUGAUCCCCAUUACUUCAAAUAUGUUCUACACUACGAUAUCUUGCUCUGAUCUUCUUUACAACUAUCUUUUUUGAAGCAGAUAGUUCACAGUGCUCAUUAUAUCGAUACUGGGAAAGAAAAAACAAAAAAUGAAACAAUCGGUUAGGAUGAAUUUAUUUCGCAGUGUUAAGGUUCUCUUGCUAAGCGGUCUGAUGUUCCUUUUCUAUCUUCUCGGGGGGAGCGCCUUUUUUUGUUCUCUUCUAUCGAAGGUAGCAGGCUUCCUAGGGGUGAAGGCCCUCUCUCUCCUUUUUAGCAAGGUGGGCUGCUCCUCCGCUCUGGCCUCAGUGAUAGGCUGUGCUUUUCGAGCGCUCGUCACUGCGGGGAUCGGAGCCAAUAUGGUGAAUCCGUCGGGUGGGGAAAUAAUCCCUUCCAAUUCAGGUUCCGGGGGACCAUCACACGCGAACUCCUGGACGGAAGAUUCGUUCUCGAUAGGAGUGUUGAUGGAGCCUUUUCCCGAAACGGAAAUGGAGGGCACCUCAGUUCGUUCUUCGGUGGCACGCGAUGAAGCGGGCCCGUCCCACGAAGGAACAGUAGUCCAAAAUGCGAGCUUGGAGUCGUCAAUGCGAAAUCGCAUUGUACGACUCGAGCAGGACAAUAGCCCCUAUCUGCUAGAUAAGGCAAGGGGAGCCUACUGGUCGGACAUAAAAAAAGAACUGGACGAUGCUCCCUCUCAGGGGGAGUAUAACCGGUUGGUCUCUUUUGAAAACAGGGACCUCCUGCUCCGAGAACUCAAGCAUGAGGCUUUACGCCUUUUUCAAAGAGUCUUGGAGCAGAAUCCUCCCUUGGCCGACCAGGCCCCAUACAACCCACAAGAAGUCUUUAAAGACUUCUUGGACGAGCAUGGCGACCAACUGGACCGGCUCCAGUUGGACGUAUACCAACGAGACACUUUGGAACUAGAGUUUUUAGCUCUGGUGAGGCAAGGGCUCAAAAGGGAUGGCCCCGCCUAUGUCAGAGAACGCAUUUUCUAAAUGGAAAGCGUACUGACUCUGACUGCUAUCUACGAUGCGAUCAGGGGGGAAUAGCGCAAGGGCUUAAGUCAUCGAUUCAAAUCCUAUCUUUUUUUCGG